UGUGCUGGGACGCCCUCGUCACGUGGCCGAAGAGGGCGGGCGCCCAGAACCUGUCAGGGGGCGGAGUCCUCCAGGCCACACCUCCUCUAGGUUACAGCCAGCGGGCGGGGGCGUGGCCAAAGAGAAUCAUUGCCUCUCAGGGGUCUAGCCUGGGGAGGGCCCCAGAGGGGUGUUGGGCACCCAUCAAAUUAGGGGAAAUUGGGAGAACACUCCCCCUCCCCCGGGAUCGAAGCACCCUGGAGGUUGCCAUGGCAAUAAGAGGUGGGCUGGUGCCCAUGGGAGAGGAGGCCCAGGACAUGGAGAGGUUCAGGACUCCUGAGAGGGAGCCCCAGAUCCCAGUUGGAAAAGAUGGGGUUGAGGCAAGUGAUCCCAGAGGCCCUUGAGUUCUGUGCCUGGCUCCACCCCAGAUUGUCUCUCUGGGCCUCCGUCUGUGAGGGACAGGAUUGGCCCUUGUCUCCGUGGAACGUCGGUGAUCCCCCAGCCUCCCCUCUGGUCUGUCACAGGAUGGGCCUCUCCGCCGCAGCCCCGCUCUGGAGCCCCCCGGGGCUGCUCCUGGCCCUGGCCCUGCACCCGGCCCUCGCCCUGCGCCCACAGCGGGACUACUGCGUGCUGGGCGCCGGGCCCGCUGGCCUGCAGAUGGCCUACUUCCUGCAGCGUGCUGGGCGCGACUACGUGGUGUUCGAGCGCAGCUCUCGUCCCGGCAGCUUCUUCGCGCGCUACCCACGGCACCGCAAGCUGAUCAGCAUCAACAAGAGGUACACGGGCAAGGCCAAUGCGGAGUUCAACCUCCGCCACGACUGGAACUCCCUGCUGAGCCAUGACCCCAGGCUGCUCUUCAGACACUACUCCCGGGCCUACUUCCCCGAUGCUGGUGACAUGGUGCGCUACCUGGGCGACUUCGCAGAUAAGCUGAGGCUCCACGUACUGUACAACACAACCAUUGGCCAUGUAACACUGGACAAGGACGGGCAGGCCUGGAAUAGCCACUACUUCAUCCUGACUGACCAGAAGGGCCAGGCAUACCAAUGCAGUGUCCUUCUUGUCGCCACUGGUUUGUCAGUCCCCAACCAGGUUGACUUCCCUGGCUCCGAAUAUGUGGAGGGCUAUGAGUCGGUGUCCACUGACCCCGAGGACUUUGAGGGUCAGAACGUGCUGAUCCUGGGCCGUGGGAACUCAGCCUUUGAGACAGCAGAGAACAUCUUGGGUGUCACCAACUUCAUCCACAUGCUGAGCCGCUCCCGGGUCCGGCUCUCCUGGGCCACUCACUAUGUUGGAGACCUCAGAGCCAUCAACAAUGGCCUCCUGGACACCUACCAGCUUAAGUCCCUGGAUGGGCUGCUUGAGUCUGACCUGGAGGACCUGGCCAUUGUGAAAGACCGUGAGGGCAAGCUUCACAUCACUCUGAAGUUCCUCACGGAGGAAGCCAACCAGAGCACCGAGGCCAUCACUCUCCCCCAGGACGACAAUGACAACUUUGCACUGCGUGUGGCCUACGACCGGGUCAUCGGCUGCCUGGGCUGGAACUUCAACUUCUCCAUCUUCAACAGCUCCCUCAGGCUUUCCUCAGGGGGUACAUUCAGCAAGAAGUACCCACUGAUCAAAGCUAGCUACGAGUCCAAAGGAAGCCGGGGUCUGUUUGUCCUGGGCACCGCCAGUCACUCUGUGGACUACCGGAAAUCCGCGGGGGGCUUCAUCCAUGGAUUCCGAUACACAGUACGUGCUGUCCACCGGCUCCUGGAGCAUCGCCACCACGGUAUCGCCUGGCCCUCCACCGAGCGCCCCAUCACCCAGCUGACCAGCGCUAUCAUCCGGCGUGUGAACGAGGCAUCUGGGCUCUACCAGAUGUUCAGUGUGCUGGCCGACGUCGUCCUGCUGAAGGAGAAUGCCACUGCAUUUGAGUACCUGGAGGAGUUCCCCAUGCAGAUGCUGGCCCAGCUGGAGGCUCUCACAGGAAGACAGGCAAGGCACGGGCUCUUUGUCAUCAACAUGGAGUACGGCAGGAAUUACUCUGGACCCGACAAGGACGUCUUCUUCUAUGACCGGUCGGUGGGGCACAUGAAAGACGCGUGGCAGUCUAACUUCCUCCACCCCGUCAUCUACUACUACAGACAUCUCCCCACCGAGCAGGAGGUGAGGUUCCGCCCUGCAGACUGGCUGCUGCCUCGGCCCACAGCCAUCCAUCACAUCGUGGAAGACUUCCUGACAGACUGGACUGCCCCAGUCGGACACAUUCUGCCUCUGAGGCGCUUCCUAGAGAACUGUUUGGACACCGAUUUGCGCAACUUCUAUGCAGAGUCCUGCUUCCUGUUCACCCUGACGCGCCAGAAGCUGCCACCCUUUUGCCAGCAGGGCUACCUGAGAAUGCAGGGGCUUGUGGGGACGGAGUACCUCCGGCGGCACGGGGUGGAGAGCGGGCUCCUGCGGUACUACACCACCAUGAGCCGGCAGCCUGGCAACCAGGAGCCAGCGAGUCACCCCCUAGCUCCAGGACCUACAGUCCAGCCCCUGGAUAACAAGAAGCGUGAGCUCUGAGUGCCCCCAGGCCAUGGACACAGUGGCCAUGCCCCAGCACCCAGCCACAGCUAGGAUGCCCAUCUCCCACCUCAGGCCCCCUCCCCGGUGUGUGAUUGCCAGAGACACGCAGAUGGUCAUCACGAAUGCACGAAGCAACUUGGAGGGCAUGCAGGGCUGGAGUGUGGGGAUGCUGUGGUCUCCUACCCUCCUGCUCCGGUCCCGGGAUACCUGGGGGUUGGGGUCAGGUAAAGAGCACCAUCUGCAAGGCCUGAGCUGCCCUCCACAGCCGGGCAUGUCUGCACACUCUCGCUGAGCCCCGGGUGGCCUCAGUGCUGUCCCUCUCAGUGCCUGUCUGCUCUUCUCCUCCGCUGUCCACUCCCAAGGUAGGCCUGGACUUCCAGUGCGCAUCUCACAGGGGGACAGGUUUGCAUGGCCCGCAGUGUGUUUCAAACAAAAGGGCUUAUUUUCUCUGCAGUCACAUAGGGUGGGUGGAAUGGUGGUCCUCAGUUUGCAGAUGAAGACACCAGCUCAGAGAGAUUCGGUGACUCCUGAGGUCACUCAGCUGGCAGGCCCGGUCUGUCUGGCCUGAAGCCUGGUACACUCUUCCCACCACACCAGGCUGCCUCCUGUCUCCCUCUGUUUUUAGCAGGGUUGGGCUGGGCUGCAGGAUCCAUGGGUGCCAGUGUGGCUUAUCACUAUAGGCCUGGGGCUGUCGUCAAGGCAGAGAUAGGACAGCUCCCUGCAAAGCCAUUUUAUCUAGUUAGGUUUGGGCCCUGAGCAGCAGAACUGAGUAGAACCGAGCCACUCUCUCCCCAGAAUUCUGCUCCCUGACUAAUCUCCAACUUCCAUUUCUCCCUACUCCUUACCUUCCACCUGGCUGUGGGCAUCCCGAACAACACCUUUGCCUGGUCAAGUUUUGUAACUCAUGUCAGGCCCUCUUUGGGUGGUGACUCACCCAGCAUCUCUUCAGAGCCCCCCAUGCCAAGUGCAAGAGCCAUUUGCUUUUUUAUGAAAACGAUGAUGAGUUCGUUCCCAGCACCUCUUCAUCGUCCUUCCUCAAAAGGAGUCUGCUCACUUCCCACUCUCCUUAGCUUUUUCAUCCCAGUUAGAAAGCCGUCGGAAAGCAUUUGUACAUAAAAUAAUGACAGUGGUUUUCCCGCGCCCAGGAUGGUGUUGUUAGUUGCCAUCUAGUUAAUUCCAACUAGACAACUCUGUGACCCCAUGUCUGCAGAAUAGGACUGCUCCAUAGGGUUUUCAAGGCUGGGACCUUUCAGAAGUAAGUCACCAGGCUCCUCUGGGUGGUUUUGAACUGCCAACCUUUUAGCUAGUAGUCUAAGGCUUAACCAUUUGUGCCAACCAUUAGCCCUCCCUACCCCCCAGGAUCCUAGGUGACUGUUUUCCUGCUGUUUCUUACCAGUUCUUCAUGUAUCCACUCAGAGUGAGAGGGACACUGGCUUUCUGGAUCCAGCCCUUCCCUGGGGACAUGGCCCCUGUCCCCUCUGCGCUAGGUGCCAGAUCCCUUCACCACAGAUGACCGGCCUUGCUGGUCUGUGCAGAGUUACAGCAGUGAAACCCCAACAGCCUCACCCGUCAGGAAGCAAUGACAAUAUUUGCAAUAACUUGCACGGUCAGAACUUUUAAAUUAAGAGUUUCUCCCUAAUCCCAGGGUUUGGACUUACAGUGUCUUCUACAGAUUACAGGCAAACCAAAAUAGGGUCCCCUCAGCCCACCCACCUCCCUACACACACACACACCCUUCCCAAAGUCUUUUUUAAAAAAUAAAUCUUGUAAUUAGGGUUAUACCCAUAGUACUGAAUCAUGUUACACACAUCUGGCCUACCUGAUUAUGGAAGACUGGCUGAGCCCCUUGUUCGAAUAAAAAUUCACGGGGUGGUGACACAUAA